CCCUUCGAUCGGUGUGUUACGCUGUUAUAGGACUCUUUCACCGCUCCUUGCUCCCUCCGCAAGUAAACCCUUCUCUCGCUCUCUUUCUCUCUCUCCUCCCCCUUCUUUCUCUCUCUUUCUCUCUCUCUCUCCUCGUUGUCCCAACGACAGAGGCGGCGCCGCCACCGCACGGGCACCGGAGGAAGGCCGAGAUGGCGGUGGUGAGCUCCGCGAGCGGGCUCCUCGCGAUGCUCCACGAGCCGCACCCAGAGCUCAAGCUCCACGCGCUCGCCAACCUCAACUCCCACGUCCACCUCUUCUGGCCCGAGAUCUCCACCAGCGUGCCCACCAUAGAGAGUUUGUAUGAAGAUGAGGAAUUUAAUCAACGGCAACUUGCUGCAUUGGUUGUUUCUAAGGUCUUUUACUACCUCGGUGAACUUAAUGACUCAUUGUCAUAUGCGCUCGGUGCUGGACCGCUGUUUGACGUGUCCGAGGAUUCUGAUUAUGCUCAUACACUUCUAGCUAAAGCUCUAGAUGAAUAUGCUAGCCUCAAGUUGAAUCCUUCAAAAUCUGCUGAUGAAGAAGCAAAAGUGGAUCCCAGAUUAGAGGCUAUUGUGGAAAGAAUGCUGGACAAGUGUAUUUUGGAUGGAAAAUAUCAGCAAGCCAUGGGAAUGGCUGUUGAAUGCAGGAGAUUGGAUAAGUUGGAGGAAGCGAUCACUCGCAGUGAUAACCUUCAUGGUGCUCUUUCAUAUUGCAUUAAUCUUUCCCAUCAGUUUGUUAACCAUCGAGAAUACCGUUGUGAGGUUCUUCGCCUUCUUGUUAAAAUAUAUCAAAGAUUGCCUUCUCCCGAUUACUUGAGUAUUUGCCAGUGUCUUAUGUUUUUAAAUGAUCCCGAGGCUGUUGCAAACAUUUUGGAGAAGCUUCUCUCUGGAACCAAGGAUGAUGCUCUCUUAGCAUUUCAGAUUGCUUUUGAUCUUGUAGAAAAUGAAAAUCAAGCCUUUCUCCUAAACGUCAGGAAUCGUCUCCCAACUUUGAGGCCUCAAUCUCCUAGCCAAGGAAACCCUAGUCCUGAAUCCACUCUACCUAGUUCCCAAAAUGGUACUGUAGGUGCGGACAGCUCGGUUGCUGCUGAAGAUGUCCAUAUGAAUGUGGAUUCUCAAACUCCGAAUGGGAAUGCUCGCGUUGUGGAUCCAAAUGAAGUCGCAUAUGCAGAUAGGCUUGCGAAAAUCAAAGGAAUAUUGUCGGGAGAGAUGUCAAUUCAGCUGACUUUACAAUUUUUAUAUAGCCACAAUAGGUCAGAUCUUUUGAUUUUGAAGACGAUUAAACAAUCAGUGGAAAUGAGAAACAGUGUUUGCCACAGUGCAACUAUAUGUGCAAACGCAAUAAUGCAUGCUGGAACAACAGUAGACACCUUCCUUAGGGAAAACCUGGAAUGGUUGAGCAGAGCAACAAAUUGGGCAAAGUUUAGUGCUACUGCUGGAUUAGGCGUAAUUCACAGAGGCCACCUUCAACAAGGCAGGUCCUUGAUGGCACCAUACCUGCCUCAGAAUGGUGCUGUUGGUGGUGGCAGUCCAUACUCAGAAGGUGGGGCCCUUUAUGCCCUAGGUUUAAUUCAUGCCAACCAUGGCGAGGGCAUCAAACAAUUCCUCCGUGAAAGCCUUCGCAAUACUAGUGCAGAGGUUAUUCAGCAUGGAGCUUGCUUGGGUUUAGGGCUCGCAGCUCUUGGAACAGCAGAUGAGGAGAUAUAUGAUGAUAUAAAGAACGUGCUUUAUACAGAUAGUGCUGUGGCUGGUGAAGCAGCUGGUAUUAGCAUGGGUUUGCUUAUGGUUGGGACUGCUAGUGAGAAAGCAAGCGAGAUGCUUGCCUAUGCACAUGAGACACAGCAUGAGAAAAUUAUUAGGGGGUUAUCUCUUGGAAUUGCAUUAACAGUUUAUGGAAGGGAAGAAGAAGCUGAUACUUUGAUCGAACAAAUGACUAGAGAUCAAGAUCCUAUACUUCGUUAUGGUGGUAUGUAUGCUUUGGCUUUAGCCUACAGGGGAACUGCGAACAACAAAGCCAUCCACCAGUUGCUGCAUUUCGCUGUAUCGGAUGUCAGUGAUGAUGUACGAAGGACAGCUGUUCUGGCCCUCGGAUUCGUCUUGUACUCCGAACCUGAGCAGACACCAAGAAUUGUAUCCCUCCUUUCUGAAUCUUACAAUCCGCAUGUGCGUUAUGGUGCGGCUCUAGCUGUUGGUAUUUCCUGUGCUGGCACUGGAUUAAGCGAAGCAAUUUCUUUGCUGGAGCCUCUAACAUCUGAUGUCGUCGACUUCGUCCGUCAGGGGGCCCUCAUUGCAAUGGCUAUGGUUAUGAUCCAGACUAAUGAAUCGUGUGAUUCUCGUGUUGGAACAUUCAGGCGACAAUUAGAGAAAAUUAUUCUCGACAAGCAUGAAGACACAAUGAGCAAGAUGGGUGCCAUAUUGGCUUCUGGAAUCCUUGAUGCUGGCGGUCGUAACGUGACAAUCAAACUCCUAUCCCGGACGAAGCACGAUAAGAUCACAGCAGUUGUUGGACUUGCAGUAUUCAGCCAAUUCUGGUAUUGGUAUCCGCUCCUCUACUUCAUCAGCCUUGCCUUCUCUCCUACUGCAUUCAUCGGGCUUAACUAUGACCUAAAAGUGCCGAAAUUUGAGUUCUUAUCGCACGCUAAACCAUCCCUGUUUGAGUACCCGCGAGCGAUCACACCUCCGACAUCGACUUCCGCAGCUAGGCUACCAACUGCUGUUCUAUCAACUACUGCAAAAGCUAAAGCUAGGGCGAAGAAAGAUGCUGAACAAAAAGCUUCUUUGGAGAAGGCUUCUGGUGGAGAAGGUUCUAGUGGUUCGGCCUCGGGAAAGGGUAUUAAAUCACCUGAGAAGGAUGCUGAUGCUAUGCAGGUGGAUAGCGCGCCUGAGAAAAAGGCAGAGCCCGAACCAUCAUUCGAAAUCCUGACGAAUCCGGCUCGUGUCGUCCCGGCGCAAGAGAAAUAUAUAAAGUUUUUGGAGGGAAGUAGAUAUGUUCCAGUGAAGCCGGCCCCCUCUGGCUUUAUCCUCCUAAAGGAUCUGCAGCCGGCGGAAGCUGAGGAGCUCGCUCUCACCGACGCCCCAUCUGCUGUGGCCACAAACCCUAACAAUUCUGGAUCCACCACUGCAACAGCUCAGCAGGGGUCAGGCUCUUCGGCAAUGGCGGUAGAUGAGGAGCCUCAGCCCCCACAGCCUUUUGAGUAUACCUCAUGAUGCUCUACCUCAUGAUGCUUGCUAAUGUCAGGAAGCUCGGCUUAAAGGCGAUUAUAUUAGGUGGAUCAUGACAGGAUGGCUAUCUGAUGUUUAAAUUUUAAAUCCUUUUUCGUCUUUUUAUUCUUUGAAAUAGUUUGUGUGAGAUUUGUUGGCAAGGGAAACAAUGUACUUUUAGAAGAGGGAAAAGGUGGGGGGUAUUUAGACUUCAUUGAUGGUAUAAGGGUUUGCACUUGGGGCUUUGGGCGAAAGAUGUAUUCGCAUUAUUAACCCGACCCGCCCUUUUGAUGUUAUCAGAUCAAAAUUCCUUCGGGGAACUACGGACACGAUUAGAUCGUGUCGUACAAGUGUUGGAAAUUGCCUAUCUGAACAGGUUUUCAUGGUGGUUAUUUAGUGCUCCUUGUCUUUGAAGCUA